ACGCUGAUCGAGCUACUUUUUUAAACGUCGCCGUAAACGGAGGUCUUAUGUUCGCGCCAUUUUUGACAUUUUAAAAGUCAAUGAGUGUUUGAAUUGUACAAAAUUUUCGGUGAUAAUGGAGUCGUUUAUGGAUUUCUAUUUUGACGAAGUGUUCAUUAAUAUGGAGAGAGAUUGUCUGAAUGAAAGAUACAAACGGCGCGAACUUGUGCAGUAUUUUAAUUCUGUUAUCGCUGGAUGUGCUAAAGGGCAAAACAAAUCUGAUAAUACAACAUGCAAGAAUUUCGUCAACUCAACGCUUCGGUACCACAACAACUGCAAAGCAAAUAAUGGCGAUGUUUGCCUCAUGGGAAAGUACCACAAUCUCCUGUACAUUGCAAUGAAACUCGCGUUUGAUUGGAGCCUGCAGGAUAAUGGCGUCGUUGCUUCACUCUUGGAUGAAUUAUAUGCUUGUGAACGAACUUUUGAAAGGAUAUUUCUAGGCGCCAUAUUUGGAACAUCAGCACCAUUCUUCUUAGCUGGCUGGAAAUCAGACUUCGUGGACAGAGAGGAAAAUGUCCACGCUUUAGUAUUCUUCCUAGACCACGCGACAAACGCCAAUCUAGAAUUCCGGGAUGACGACAAGACGUAUCGCUUCAUAGAUGUUCCUCUAGAAAGUUGUGGAAAAGCCUCCCCAGUACGAGUUGUAAUUCAAAUGGGAGCUGCAGAAAUGCUAAUGAUUCUGCUAAGGUUUGGGGCUAGAAUCACUGCGGACCAUGUUUCAUCCAACCCUAUAGAAUCAAUCUUGGAUAGGCUCAAUGAAUACAAUAGAAAAUAUCCAUACGAAUUAGUCACAUGUCUUAAACUAACGUUGAGAGCGGUGCCUCAUUUAAAUUUGACAGUUGAUAAGGAUGCAGCAAAGCGAUUGGAAUUGCCUGAAGAUUAUAAUUACCAGAGAAAGAUUGUGUUGGAAAAGUAUGGGGAUAUAUUAAACGAUCAUUUGGUUCCUUCGUCGAGGUGUGGGUUACAGCCGGUAGAAUUAAAGCACCUGUGUCGAUGUCUAGUUAGGCAGAUAUUGUGGAAGAACUUUGAACUACCUUUUGGUAUACAGAAGUUGCCUAUACCAUUAUCUCUGAAGAAAUAUCUGGAUUUAUUCGAUGAUUAAAGUACCGAUAUUUUAAUGUCACACUUGAUUUUACAUCUUAUAAGUUUAUCUAUACUCGAUAAUAAUAUUAGGUAUAUCUCGAAUUCUAGUCCCAAUAACUUAAGUUUUCUAAAACAUGGAAUGAACCAUUUUGGUAAAGAUAAUAAUAAUAAUUUCGACGUUAAUU